GGGUACUGUAACUAUAACUGGAGAUCAGUCUCACUCAGCAGCAAGACAUGAUGGAACUCACACCACUCUGCUGGCAGCUCUUGCUGUUGAGUACACUGGUAUACUGUAGCCUCGGACAAGGUGGAGCCUCUCUGAGUGUCAGUCCUGACAGAUCUCAGUUCUUUGAAUUUGAGUCUGUCUCUCUGAGCUGUGAGGUUCAGGGGACCUCUGCUGGAUGGAGAGUGGUGAGGAACACAACGAGAGAAAACCUUUCAGAGUGUAAUACUGACUGGGGAAAACAACAAGGGUCUUCAUGCAUCAUGUCACUAGUACCAUCAUCCAGUGGAGCGUACUGGUGUGAGUCUGGGUCUGGAGAACACAGCAAUGCUGUCAACAUCACAGUACAUGAAACAGAUGGAGCUGUGAUCCUGGAGAGUCCUGCCCUUCCUGUGACUGAGGGAGAUUCUGUGACUCUGCGCUGCAGAUAUCAGGGAACUCCCUCUAACCUCACAGCUGAUUUCUACAAAGAUGGAUCCCUCAUCAGGACUGAGACUACAGGAGAGAUGACCAUCCCUGCAGUAUCCAAGUCAGAUGAAGGACUUUACAAGUGUACCAACUCUGAAGGAGAAUCCCCAGAGAGCUGGAUGACUGUGACAGAUGGAGCUGUGAUCCUGGAGAGUCCUGCCCUUCCUGUGACUGAGGGAGAUUCUGUGACUCUGCGCUGCAGAUAUCAGGGAACUCCCUCUAACCUCACAGCUGAUUUCUACAAAGAUGGAUCCCUCAUCAGGAAUGAGACUACAGGAGAGAUGACCAUCCCUGCAGUAUCCAAGUCAGACGAAGGACUCUACAAGUGUACCAACUCUAAAGGAGAAUCACCAGAGAGCCAGAUGAAUGUGACAGAUGGAGGCUCUACCUCAUCCUCCUCAUACUCCUCUCUCCUCCUCCCUCUGUCUAUGUCUGGGGUGGUGGCUGCUCUCUCCAUCUCUCUGAUCAUUCUACUGGUCCUGUUCUGCAAGAGGAACAAAGAUGUAGCAGCUGAACCCAGAGAUGUUACGUAUGCUGACGUUAGAAUCAUACAGGACCCAGAACCCAGGAGAAGGAGAGAGAAGUCUCCAGGAGCUGAUCCAGUCUACUCUGCAGUGAAGACCUCCAACACCACAGUUCCAGGUGGAUCUGGUCCAGGUGAUGUGACCUAUGCUGACAUCAACCACACAGAGAAGAGACAACACAACAGGAGGAGAGAGAACGUUGUUCCAGACCCUGUCUACUCAGCAGUGAAGACAGACAGACAGACAGGUCAGAAGGUCAUUCCAGACCCUGUCUACUCAGCGGUGAAGACAGACAAACAGAGACACAGGUAGAGCUGUAUCUGGAUCCAGGGACGUAAUGUACAGACUGAGUAACCCUGUACAUCAGAACAUCAUGGUGGGUGGAAAAAUAUGCUCUCUUCAGCAGCGAUGAAUAACCACAACCCUGUCAGUCCAUUUCUUUACUUCUCCUUUCUCUUAUAUUCUCUCUCCUUCCUUCCCUUUUCGUAACCAACUGUGGCCUUGACCUCCAACAGUAUGAGCAACAGAGAGGUGUGAAGUUUCCACAACAGAAUUAGGUUUAGUUUAUCAUGCACUUCUCUUUAGAUGCUGCAGCCUUGACCUCCAUCAACAGAGUUAGAGUCAGUUUAUCAUGAGAACAUACAGACACCACUGACUGGAACUAUCAACAACAAGAGUUAGUUUAUCAUGAGAACAUACAGACACCACUGACUGGAACUAUCAACAACAAGAGUUAGUUUAUCAUGAGAACAUACAGACACCACUGACUGGAACUAUCAACAACAAGAGUUAGUUUAUCAUGAGAACAUACAGACACCACUGACUGGAACUAUCAACAACAAGAGUUAGUUCCAGUCAGUGGUGUCUGUUUGUUCUCAUGAUAAACUAUCAACAACAAGAGUUAGUUUAUCAUGAACAUACAGACACCACUGACUGGAACCAGCUGACAGUAUCAGUUGUAAAGGCUUCAUUACUACUAACAGAAGGAACGUUGUAGUGUUAUGUCCGUGAUGAAUGUUGUAAAAGCUUCAAUGUGUUUUUGUAUUGAACUGCUCUGUUAAAUUAUGUUGAUCAUGUGAAAUUGUAAAUUGUAUUUUUCUAUGAUGUCAUUGUGUGUGUUUAGCUUGAGCAACACCAUUGGUUGUUAACUUGUCAAAUAAAGCUUCCUAAAAUGUG